GUGGCACCUCGCGGUCAGACCAGAUGCUUCAGUGAAUUUGGCCUGGUGAAUUUCUCUGCAGUUUUCCGCUCAAGUGCUUCAACAGAAAUGGUGAUGUAUCGUGUAGUGUUUCUUGUGGCACUUCUCGCUCCCGGAUUUACCGUCAUCCGGGCGCACAGCACCCAGAGACCCGCCGGUGAUGAGCCGAGUCCAUUCUUGGACAUGGCAUCGGCCUUUCUCACGGAAGCCCUCGCGAAUCAGGGCGGGGGAAACGGCGGAAUCGGUGGCAUUGCCUCCGUUAUUGGGAGUUUAAUGCAGAGCGACAGCUCAUCUGGGAAAUCUGGGGACAAUGGAGCCGGUGCCAUUCUAGCGGGAAUUGGAUCUCUUCUGGCCAACUCGGCGGGAGGCUCGCGACAGGGUGGCGGAGGAGGCUUUGAUCCUGCCCUCAUUGGGAACAUCAUUGAGAUGUUCUCCUCCAGCAGUGGAGACAAUUCGAGGCAGAAAAAGCAGACUCCUAAUCAGCAGGAACCCUCCGGUUGGGAUACAGUGCUCAACAUUGCAUCAGCCUUCCUGGGAAAUCAGGGUCAGCAACAGGCCAGGAGUAGUGACUCGACUGGAGACAACUUAAUGAGUCUUCUGCCGAUGGUUUUGCAAACCAUAAAUUCCUUUUCUGGACCGGAAGGCCUGAAAACCCAGGAGAAGCACAAGGAUCAUGCUCUCUUGCCGCCUUUCCUGGAGAACAUCCACGUGAUGUGGGAUCAUUUCUCCCAAUCGGAGUUGGCUCAGAUCAUCUGGACCAAGUCAGGCAUCAGCCAAGUCUUUAAGGGCUUCACCGGGCGCGAUGGGAAGUUGGACUACAACAAACUGUUCAAGUCCUUGGAAAAUCAAUCUUUCAGGCGCCGAUGGAUUAAGACGGCCACAGUCUACUUAGCCGACUGGGCCAACUACAUCGCCGAUCCGGAAGUGUACCAGAGAUAUUUCCACACGGCGCAGUUGAUGGCGAAUGGUUUCUUGAAGAGCCAGAACUUGCCAUUGAUCGACCCGAGCAGGGCCAGUGAGACACUUGCUCAGCUUAUUGAUGCCAUCGCCAAGAAACACCUCAGCGUGAAAAUAUCGUCGAAGACAUACGUGAAGCCAGCGAUGAAUUACGUGAAAGAGCUGCUGAAAUUGGGUCAAGCGCGAGGUCUUCUCCAGAAAUUCAACGCCACGGAAAUUAGUGACAAACUCACAGACACCGUUAAUCUCGAAAUUAUUGAACCUGUAUUGAAGGUGUAUCGCUCGUAUCGGUACAUCUUGGGCGCCCCUCAAUGUGAUAAGUUCGUCAUGUGCGACAUAAAUUCACACGAUCCCAGCGAGAAUUUCGGUCUGGCCGGCUUCAAGGCGGGCAUCACGAAGUUCGGGAGCUUGGCGGCGUCGUGGGUGUUGAGCGGUGAGACGAAGACACCCUUCUGGACGCUCUUCAGCAUAGUGUCCGACCCAGGAAACUGCCAGGUACGCUUCCCGGUGGAUUGUUCAGGCUUCCACGAAGGUGAGGCUCGAGUAACCACGGAAUAUGUUCAUAAUGAGCUGUAAUGAGUGACACGCACCGAUUCAAUAGACCUUU